UUGACGUCAAUGACAGCUCGCGAUUGGUCCUUAGCCGUAUCCGGUGGGGCAGCGGUCCAGGGUUUGGGAAAAAUCGAAGCUUGUAUUUGAUACGCUUGGAGAAAUACCAUCUACACCAGGACAGUACCAUUGGGCCCGGUUAGAAGUUUCAGAUUUUUUCUCUGAGGUUUCAGGUCGUGGAGCAGGUCGUGAUGGCGUCAGGCAACACGAGCAGUGAGGAGGAGAGGAGCCUGAGGGAGUGUGAGCUCUAUGUGCAGAAACACAACAUCCAGCAGCUUCUCAAAGACUGCAUUGUCCAGCUGUGCACCUCCAGGCCAGACAGACCCAUGGCCUUCCUGAGAGAGUACUUUGAGAGGCUGGAGAAGGAGGAAGCGAAGCAGAUCCAGAGCCAGCAGAAGGCCAGCAGCUCGCGCUCUGACUCGCGCGACGAGGAAGUGUCCCCUCCCAUGAACCCCGUGGUGAAGGGGCGCCGGCGGAGAGGAGCCUUCAGCGCAGAGGUCUACACGGAGGAGGACGCCGCGUCAUACGUCCGCAAGGUCAUUCCCAAAGACUACAAAACAAUGGCCGCCCUGGCCAAAGCGAUCGAAAAGAACGUGCUCUUCUCACACCUGGAUGACAACGAGAGGAGCGACAUCUUUGAUGCCAUGUUUCCAGUGACCUACAUCGCCGGGGAGACGGUUAUUCUGCAGGGCGAUGAAGGUGAUAACUUCUACGUUAUCGACCAAGGGGAAAUGGACGUGUAUGUGAAUAAUGAGUGGGUGACCAGCAUUGGGGAGGGGGGCAGCUUCGGAGAGCUGGCCCUGAUCUAUGGGACGCCCAGGGCAGCUACGGUCCGAGCCAAGACCAAUGUCAAGCUGUGGGGCAUCGACAGAGACAGCUACAGGAGAAUACUCAUGGGCAGCACCUUGAGGAAGAGGAAGAUGUAUGAAGAGUUCCUCAGGAAGGUCUCCAUUCUAGAGUCUCUGGACAAAUGGGAGCGCCUGACAGUGGCCGACGCCCUGGAGCCUGUGCAGUUUGAGGACGGGCAGAAGAUCGUGGUGCAGGGAGAGCCAGGGGAUGAGUUCUUCAUCAUCCUGGAGGGUUCUGCGGCCGUGUUGCAGCGCCGGUCAGAGAACGAGGAGUUUGUGGAGGUGGGGAGGCUAGGACCCUCCGACUACUUUGGCGAGAUCGCGCUGCUGAUGAACCGCCCCCGCGCGGCCACAGUGGUGGCCCGCGGCCCUCUGAAGUGUGUGAAGCUGGACCGGCCGCGGUUCGAGCGCGUCCUGGGCCCCUGCUCCGACAUCCUCAAACGCAACAUCCAGCAGUACAACAGCUUCGUCUCGCUCUCCGUCUGAGGAAGCUUCCUGUUCUGUCCUCCCUCCGCCUCCUCUCCUCACCUCCUCCCCUCACCUCCUCUCCUCCUCAUCCACCUCCCUUACUCCUCCUUCCCUGGUCCCUCCCCUAAACCCUCCCCCUUCCUUCCCUAAAUCCCCUUUUUAGACCCAAGGUCCACCAAUGCAAUUAGCUUUUUCUUUUCGGUCACUUACUCUGUUAGCUUCUUUUUUUGUUGACUACUGUUAUUAUUCUUUGUUUGUCGUUUGUCAUUUUUACAUGCAUAUAACCUGCUGCUCCCAGUGGCCCUAGCUCAGCCCCUUCAAGCCCCACGGGUCUUUCCCAGAGCACCCAUUAUAAAGAGCCUCUCUCUGCACUCACAGGUCUAUCUAUCUCUCUUUGGCACCUCUAGUUUGAACUCUGGACUGGCUUGUUAGGGGUUCAUGCCCCACCAGUCCCAGUGAUGAUAUUGGACAAUCAGUCUUUACUGAAUCCCCCCCCCCACCUUGUACUUUAAUUAGUUGGCUAGAGGUGAAACAAAAGCGUAAGAGUAUAAUUCAUCUUAACAAUGUCCCUGUGUAGAGUAUGUUGGGUAGAUACGGUGGAUAUCUAAUGUAGACCAGAAUCUUGCCAAGUCUUAGCUGGCCACACAGGAUCCUAUGGCUUUGUUUGGCCAUAUUUGGUUCUUGGCACUGAUAAUCGAUUGCUUUCUUUUCUGGCCACUGACAAUGUUGUCACAUUGUCCUUCCAUUAUUGAAAACGUUUGGCUUGUCAAUUUGGUUCUUUGUUAUUUUCCCCUAGUUUGAGUGAGUUUGUACAACCUGAGCUUUGAUUCGUUGUACAACUAUCAAGCUAGUGCCAAAUGUUGACUGCUGUUACACUGCUUAGACACAAAGCUGUGGACACUGACUUGGUUCACCCUGAAACAUGUACCCAGAGAUGAACCAGGAAGUAAUGGUUUGACAUUCGCUUCUGAUUGGAUUAGUGACCAGAGACAAAAAUCGUCUCGGCUACGAUAAGUAAAAAAAACAUGGAGUAUUAAGUGUAACCUCAGUAUUCAACAUUUUUCAGUAUAUACUAAACAACACCAUCACUUUUACUGCUAUGCUUUAAAUCAAAUUAUUAUGAUAUUAUAACAAUUAUUAGAGUUAUUGUUAAUAUCCUUAUUGUCUCUGAAAGAACUCAGUUUUGGGCUAUUGUUUGGAUUGAUGGUAAACUUCAAGUAUAUUGAAAUGUUUUGGUAAAUGCUUAUUUUUCCAUAAAUUCUAUUUUAGGUGUCCAGUGCCACAACAUAAAAAAAUGCUUCUUCUUGUCAACUGACAAAACAGUAUGUCGUUGUAUCGUGUAAAACAUGGGUUCAACUUUUAAAAGUAGGUGAAAGGUUAAUUGAAGUAAAACUUUCAGUUUCAAAGGUUAAGUCUCCAAUAUGUGUAGAUUGUUUGACGGAUUCAGGACUUUUGAGUAUCUCUGUAUUGAAGAGGGAUACACAAUACCCUACAAGGGACCUGGCUGGGGGGAGCUUGCUGCCCUACAGGGACCUGGCUGGGGGGAGCUUGCUGCCCUACAGGGUCCUGGCUGGGGGGAGCUUGCUGCCCUACAGGGACCUGGCUGGGGGGAGCUUGCUGCCCUACAAGGGACCUGGCUGGGGGGAGCUUGCUGCCCUACAGGGACCUGGCUGGGGGGAGCUUGCUGCCCUACAGGGUCCUGGCUGGGGGGAGCUUGCUGCCCUACAGGGACCUGGCUGGGGGGAGCUUGCUGCCCUACAGGGACCUGGCUGGGGGGAGCUUGCUGCCCUACAGGGACCUGGCUGGGGGGAGCUUGCUGCCCUACAGGGUCCUGGCUGGGGGGAGCUUGCUGCCCUACAGGGUCCUGGCUGGGGGGAGCUUGCUUCCCUAGUCCAGAUGGACGGUAGCCCGGCCUGUUGGUUUGAACCAGCCACUGCUGAAGCAGAGAGAGAGAGGGGGGAAUGUCAGAGUGCUGAUGGUUGCAUCAGUAGUAGUCUGCUGUCGUACCCCCUUGACCCCUCUCUCUCUGUGCAGACUGGGCGUGUGCCACACCAAAAUGUUGGUGAGGUGGCGUGCUCUUCUGCCCUCUGGUCAGAGCAGUCACUCGAAAACCUCUUUUAUUUACUCCUUGCUUAACUGCUUGACUUUGAUUACCUCUAUCUAAUAUUUAACUCUGACUUUCCCCCCGGCUCCUCCAGACACAGUCUUCACUAGGUUAUCUGUCAGCUCUAGGUGCCAUGUUACACUGUCAUCCCCCCCCCCCCCUCCCACCCUAACAAAUAUGACCUAUAAAGGAAUGCUCGCCCUCUCUGCGGUUUACUGCCUAUGUUUUCAGUCUUCUGUUUUCGGCGACCGUUUUCUGAUCUUGUGUAUGAACCAGUUGGUGUGUGUGAGUGGAUGGGUCGUGUGCUUGUACCGGCUGAUGCAUGUUGACAUGAGAGGAGGCCGACUGCAGUGAAGGCUGCCAAGCUUGAGGAUGCUCAGUCAUUUCAUAGGAUGCUGCAACCGUUAAAUUUUCAUAAACUAGCGAGCCAGAUUGAGCAACUUCCGAGAGAUCAUCAAGCGUUGCCACUGGGUAGGGAUUAGGAUUUCGUUAGGAUUUUUGAUUUGGCCUUCCAGUUUUACCCCCCCCCCCCCUCCA